AUGGCUACACCCCAAGCCCAAGCGGACCUCAGCGACCAGGCCGCCGAGGCCUUCCAGGAUUUCUUCGGCCAACUCUACGUGUUCUUCGAGACCUGCUUCACCCGCUUCUGGAAAAAUGGCUACGCCUCCAUUGCGCAAAUGAGCGGCAAGCGCUGGACCAAAGUGAUCGGCAGUGUAGUCUUCUACCUGCUCAUCCGACCCUACAUUGAGAAAUUGUUCAAGUGGAUGUACGACCGCGACCGUCGCAAGGAGAAGGAGAAGAAGGAGAAGGAGAAGGCGGCAUUCGGCAAAGUCAAGGUCUCGCCGAACUCGCUGCGCAGUGGAGGCGGUGGCGACAAGGGCAAGGUCCUUGGCGAAGUCGAAAACACCGACGACGAGCUCGAGGAUGAGGAGGAUAUCAUGGCGGCCGCUAGUGGUGUGCCGGAGUGGAACAAGAUGGCGCGUAAGCGUCAGAAGAACUACAUCAAGAACGUGAAGAAGGAUCAGCGCGCGCAGGACCUGAGCCGCGAGCAGAUCAUGGAGUUGUUGGAUUGGAGUGAGGAUGAGGAGCACGCUCCUCAGGACAAGAAGGAUCUAUGA